CAAACAUCUACCCAACUACCCCUUCAGUGGUGAACAGGUAGGGGACUUAUUCACAACUCAGCGGCAUUAUCACACGGCGUCAUCACACGGCGUUACCACAGCGGUCGACCGGCUUCCAAAGCGAACAACCCGCGGGUCAACCAAACGCGUCGUGCAGCAGAGCCCCAGUUCAGUACACCUGGCUCUAUGAACUGCACUACAUUCGGCUCUUGUGCUCGCAGCCAGACCGCGAGAGGAUCAAAGAUCUGGCGAGGCUGCCCGAGCUUAGCAGUCGGCAUAUACUGCUAAACAUCCUACAAAAAUGUCGCACCCUCGUAUAGAUGGCGAACAAUUCUCCGUGCCCGCCAAAGCUGAGCCUCCAUCAGACACAUGUUCGAAGGGCGCAUGGCUAUCAUGGAUUCUGGAUGACCCGUGGAGGCCAAUCCUUCCGGCACGGGGUCCAACAUCCGAGGCUGAACUUGCAACCCCUGUAUUGAACCCAAUGUCAUCGACGGCGGCACUGACCGGCUCUACACUGACCGGCUAUAGCGAGGAGUUUGAGGAGCUCGGGGAGAAGGGCGAGUUCGCAAUGAGUCGCAAAAGCGAUCAGGAGUCGUUCCCGGCAGACUUCUCCGUACAGUCCUCACUAGACUCCUCGUGCUCCCUCAUCGGUACCGGUAGCGCAUAUUCGUCGUACUAUAGAGCUGCCUCUAUAGACAUUCCCCUACCUACAACCGCAUUUUAUGAUGCGUACAGUUUGGAAAAGGCCAAACCCGCGCGCCUGAGCUCCUUAUCCGAUGUUAAGGAUGGCGAGCAUGAAGCUGUGACCGUGGAAGACGAGACCGAGUCCAGGUCCCCAACUCCGUGGCCGGAGAGUUGGUAUGAGGGCGGCAAAGAGCUUGGCCUUUCUCACUUUGUCGGGCAAGUCUUGACAGAACGCCUCGACCGAGCGCCUGACAUCCGCAGUGGGGCCAAUACUCCGCCGCCUGCGUCGGCUAUCCUUGUAGCUGCGAGCGGUCCGCAUGUGCAGAACACUGCGCAAGAUGCAAUGUCACAUCCGCCGCACGCAACCGCAUCAUCAACCACCAGCCAGACACUGCUGCCCGAUUGUACAUCUUCCAACUUCCAGAGGAAAAGGCCAAGGAAUGGCGGUGGCGGCGGCGGGGAUGACGAAGAUGACGACGGCCGCCCUCCGAAGCGACCAGUGGUCACGAAAACACCAGGCAGCGAGAGCACCCGAGGGCCGUUGUACGCCUGCCCUUAUCAAAAGCGAUAUCCAAGGGACAGCCCACUGUGUGGCAUGCCUCAUGGGUCUAGGCGUGAGUUCGGCUGGGAGACGGUUUCGCGAGUAAAACAACACCUCCUGGAAAGCCAUGGGAGGGACUACCACUGCUCCAACUGCUGGAGAGCCCAUAAGAAGGUGGAGGCUGCCAAGAGCUGCCCCCAAACGAAAGGCUGUGUGAAGCGGCAGAGUCCACCGAAGCUCUGGCUCACGGACGCCGAAGUGUCACAACUUCGGGCCGCAAGGUUUGACAGCAAAAGUGAUGAUGCGUGGUACUGUAUCUUCGGGCUGCUGUUCCCAGACGAAGAGGAACAUGGGUCACAAGGCUAUCGCGCAAAGUACACGCCAUGUGAGGCAAUAAUAGUACCGAAGAGAACUGUGUGGGAUAGGUCACUGACGGUUAUUUUCGUAGACUAUACCGUUGCCAUACCCAUCCCGCUAGCAUACCCUUCCAACGGCAUGACCGACAACAGGAGCCUCAACAGCAUGUGGACCCCUUCCACUGGUACUAGUAGUGGAGGUAACCCCACAAGCUCCCUUGGGUUAACCCCUUCGGACAGCAACAGAAGCGCGGAGUCUUCUAAAGAAGGGGCAGAUGGAGAGCCGAUACACAAUGCAUCUGAGAUUCAGGAUGCAUAUACGCCUUGCGCGCCAAACGAUGGCCUCCAAGCUGCAAGCACCAUCACAUCCUGCGAAAGCGCGAGACAAGGCUCCAUCGCUUCGCAGUUCCAUACUAUACCGGACCUGUCUAUCGGCGAUUUCCCAAGCGAUGCCACCCGACCCCUUGGACCCGACAGCGAAGGGUUAAAUCCAAUCUUUCUGCUCAAUGAUUCAAAUCCGGCAAACCUUCAUUCUCAGCCAUCAGUUACAGCGCAAGAGACGCCCUCAACAACCACAAACGAGCCCCUUAGACCCUCGUCGUGCACGUGUACCUUUGCCCCUAGAUGCAUCUGCAGACUGAAAACGCGGACCAUACAUCUCCGACGGGAGAAUGAGGAACUUCGGACAGAGAUAGAGACGUUGAGGAAGGCUCUAGAAGGUGUAAGGCGGACGCUCGAACAACAUGACGAAUAUGUUCAAGAUGUUGAGGACACAAAUUUGCUUCCGGGCGAAGUGAUGGCUCGGCUCUGGGGAUACCAGGAUAAGAUGAGAACUUUUUGUCGUACCAAUGGUAAUGCAGGAAAGUGCGAUAUCUUGUCGUACCAAUGGUAAUGCAGGGUAGAUAUCGCACUUUCAAAGACCUGUGCAGAGCAGUAGCAAACAAAUAUAAUCACAGUGGGCGGGAUAGGAGGUCGAUGUGGUCGACGUCUUGAAGGUUUUGCUAGUAGUUAUACAUUCACAGCGCUCGCUUGUGAAGAGUUGUACCAGACGUCCUAGUCUCCAGCAAACCAAGGAUACUGCAACGCCUCCCGCGCCGUGAUCCUCCGCGAGGGAUCCAUGCAGGUCAUC